AUGUCACGAUCUUCUUUGCCUAUAGUUGCAAUUGUUGUACUAAGCAUCUUGGCCAUUGUUUUCAUAUUCAUCAGUUACUUGAUUCUUGUGACCAAGUGCUACUCAAACUGGUGGCAUCCAUUGAGAUGGAUAUCAAUCCUACCACCUUCACAGAAUGAAGAGCCCUUCAUGUCGUUCUCUCCGAGGACAUGGAACCGUGGCGUCGACGAAUCCGUCAUCCAAGAAAUCCCAACUUUUCAGUUCACGAAAGGAGAAGGCGGUGACGAUCGUCGAAGUGUCAAAGGUUGUGUGGUUUGUUUGAAUUGUUUCCAAGAACAAGAUAUGCUGAAAGUACUUCCAAAUUGCAGCCACCACUUUCACUUGGAUUGCAUUAACAUCUGGCUUCAAACAAAUGCUAACUGUCCUCUUUGUAGAACAAGCAUUUCAGGCAAUGCGCAGUUUCCGACGAACCGUACCAUAGCAGCACCGAGUUCUUCACCGCAGGAUUCUCAGUUAUUCUCUAACAUGGGUAGUGAUGAAGAUUUUGUGGUGAUUGAAUUGUGGGGAGAAGGUGAGCAUAGGGGAACAAUGUCUCAUAUGCAGCAAGAAAGAAAUGAGUCGAGGGAAAGCAUAGCAUCGUCGCUGAGUAGAACUCAUUCUACAACUAGAAACAUGGAGGAGAAGGUGGUGGAGCUGAAACCAUGGAAAUGUCAUGGUGUUUCCAUCAUGGGUGAUGAGUGUAUUGAUGUUAGAAAAAAAGAUGAACAGUUCUCUAUUCAGCCUAUUAGAAGAUCUUUCUCAUUGGAUUCUGCGAGUGAUAGAAAAGCUUACUUGGAAGUUCAAGACAUUGUCAGACAGAAUAAUAGGCAUCAUCAAAAUGAGGAUUGUGACAGUAAAGAUUGUAAUAGUAGCAGAGGUAGAAGAUCAUUCUUUCCAUUUCAUUAUGCUAGGGGAUCAAAAACUCCAUUGCUUCAUUGA